CCUCUUGCUCCAACAAGGCCGUCAGAACUAUCACGCGAUGGAUGCUGCAAAAGAAGGAGCUUUUUCUUGUAGUCUUCGGCCUUCAAGAUGUCUGUUCUUGUCACUUCGGGCGAGCUGCGCAAUCGCAUCUACGACUACUGCGUUGAGUCAGGACCGAUCACGCUCCCGUUCUCGCGUCCAUGUUUUGGAGGUCUCAGAUAUGCUUGCAUGAUUCUAUCCAUCGAAUACACACCUCUGUACCUGGCCAGGACUAUUGUCUUACUCCAGCCUUCAGAUGUCGAACGAUAUCACGCUGUGUUCUACCCGAACCUACAAAGUUGUGGUUAAGCUGCACCGUGGUGUUCUUUUCGAAAAGCUUCCCAAUGAUAUGACCGACUUGAAUCCGCGACAAUGGCUCGUUUGAUAAGGGAUGCCAGCUCUGAAGCAUCUU